AUGGCCAAGCUCUGGUUCAAGUUCCAGCGGUGUUUCCGGUAUUUCCGCAGGAAGCCCGUGCGCUUCUUUACCCUGCUGGCUCUCUACCUGACCGCUGGGAGCCUCGUCUUCCUGCACUCGGGCUUCGUGGGCCAGCCCGCGGUGCCCCAGAGCCAGGCGAGCCCUGCCGUGGGGAGCCCAGCAGAAGGAGCCGAGCUGCCCUUCCUGGGCGACUUGCACCUGGGCAGAGGCUUCCGGGACACGGGGGAGGCCUCCAGCAUCUCACGCAGAUACGGACCUUCAUUCAAGAGCAAGGAGCCCAGCGAGAGAGCCAAGCUGGGUGACUACGGGGGAGCCUGGAGCCGGGCCCUCAAGGGGAGGGUUGUCCGGGAGAAGGAGAAGGAAAAGGAAGAGGAGAGAGCCAAGUACAUCGGCUGCUACCUGGACGACACCCAGAGCCGGGCCCUGCGAGGCGUGUCCUUCUUCGACUACAAGAAGAUGACCGUCUUCCGUUGCCAGGACAACUGUGCUGAACGGGGUUACCUGUACGCUGGGCUGGAGUUCGGCGCUGAGUGCUACUGUGGCCAUAAGAUCCAGGCGGCCAACGUGAGCGACGCGGAGUGUGACAUGGACUGCAAGGGAGAGCGGGGCAGUGUGUGUGGUGGUGUCAACCGCCUCUCAGUCUACCGGCUACAGCUGGCCCAGGAGUCUGCCCGCAGGUAUGGAAGUGCGGUGUUCAGGGGCUGCUUCCGCCGACCCAACAACCUCUCCCUGGCCUUGCCUGUGACGGCCGCCAUGCCAAACAUGUCCGUGGACAAGUGUGUGGACCUCUGCACAGAGAAGGAGUACCCCCUGGCAGCUCUCGCUGGCACUGCCUGCCACUGUGGCUUUCCCACCACACGAUUCCCUCUUCACGACCGGGAGGAUGAGCAACUGUGUGCACAGAAGUGCAGUGCCGAAGAGUUUGAGAGCUGUGGGACCCCCAGCUACUUCAUUGUGUACCAGACACAGGUCCAAGACAAUCGCUGCAUGGACAGAAGGUUCCUCCCAGCCAAGUCUAAGAAACUCAUCGCGCUCGCCAGCUUCCCGGGCGCCGGCAACACGUGGGCUCGCCAUCUCAUCGAACUGGCCACCGGCUUCUACACCGGCAGCUACUACUUUGAUGGAUCUCUGUACAACAAAGGGUUCAAAGGUGAGCGAGACCACUGGCGCAGCGGCCGGACCAUCUGCAUCAAGACCCACGAGAGUGGCCAGAAGGAGAUCGAGGCCUUCGACGCAGCCAUUCUGCUCAUCCGCAACCCCUACAAGGCCCUCAUGGCGGAGUUCAACCGCAAGUAUGGAGGCCACAUCGGCUUCGCUGCCCAUGCCCACUGGAAAGGCAAAGAGUGGCCCGAGUUCGUCAGGAACUAUGCCCCGUGGUGGGCCACACACACGCUGGACUGGCUCAAGUUUGGCAAGACGGUACUGGUGGUGCACUUCGAGGAUCUGAAGCAGGACCUCUUUGCGCAGCUGGGCCGAAUGGUCAGCCUGCUGGGCGUGGCGGUCAGGGAAGACCGGCUGCUGUGCGUGGAGAGCCAGAAGGAUGGCAACUUCAAGCGCUCGGGGCUCCGCAAGCUGGAGUACGACCCUUACACCGCCGAGAUGCGCAGGACCAUCGCUGCCUACAUCAGGAUGGUGGACACAGCCCUGCGCAGUCGCAACCUCACCGGGGUGCCCGAUGCCUACGGCCCAAGAUGAUGGGUGGCCAGGGAGGGUCCCAGCUCCCCCCUUGGCUCCAAGAGCUGGCUUCCCUCUGGCAUGAUGACAACCCUAGGCUUCUGCCUGCCUUCAGAGAGACCCCCUCUGAGGCCUGGGGAGGAGACAUCCAGGCACCUUCCCCUGGCUGCCUGGCUUGGGGAGUCCCUGCCCCUGCUGUUGGUGGGGG